ACCCGAACAUGAUCAAGGUUGUCGUUUUCGCCAUGUGCGUGGCCGCCGCCGCCGCCAGCGGCUACGGCGAGGCCCUCAGCCACACCCACGUUCGGACCUAUGACGGCUACGGAGGGUCGGCGUACGGCUCCCAGAUCGUGCACCCGACGUAUGGCGGAUACGGACAUAACAGUGGAUAUGGUGGUGGAUACGGCCAUGGACGCGGAUACGGAUACGGCGGAGGAUACGGUUACGGUGGUGGAUAUGGAGGUGGAUACGCCCACACCUACGGUCAUAGUCAUGGAUACGGAUAUGGCCAUUAGAUAUAUCCGAAAUGAAAUAACUUUCUGGUGUCCGCUUGUCCUCUUCAGCUGCAAGUGAUCGGUGUGAUAAUUUA